GCGUAGCUCGAAUCGUCUGCGUUCGUGUACGUACGUAGGGUUUACGUGGUUCCAGUGGACGUUACUGUUUGUUCUGUUGUUCUUUUUAGUCUAAAUUAGUCGGAAAUUCUGUAAGCGAAAAAGAAGUUGACGUUCAGCUCGAGGAUCUUGAAAGAUGUCGAAGCACGAGUUUUUCGUUGACAUGACUUGUGAAGGGUGUUCUGGUGCAGUCACACGAGUUCUAACGAAACUAGAUGUCAAAUUUGAUAUUGACCUUCCAAACAAAAAAGUAGUUAUUGAGUCUGACAAGAGUGCAGAUGAUCUCCUGGCUACGCUGAAAAAGACGGGAAAGGCUGUCAAUUACAUCGGACCAAAAUAAAUACCCCAGUUCUCAGAUGAAAACAGAAGGAAGAAUGAAUGAAGGAGUGCUGGACAGAACUAUCGGCUGACAGCCCACAUAGGCAAAGCAUCUGCCCACCAUGCUGAAUGCAGGCAAAUCCUUGGAACUCCCACCUGCCAAUCGGUGAACACCUGGGGACCAUUGGCAUGCUAUCUUUAAAACCAUAUACCUCCUUAAUUCUAAGUGGUUUUUUUUUGUGAUGUAUUAACUGACAAUCAGAAGAGACAUUUGUUUUCGUGUCUGCUUUUUAAAAAGCCUUGGUAUUAUUAACAAGGAGUUGUGUAAUUAGGAAAAGCUUCUAUUUGAAUGUCCAUGCUCAGAUUGAGCUUUUUCCUGUAUGUUUUUGUGUUUCCAAUUGUCUGUUGAUCUAAGUGGAUAAUAAAACCUACACUAUCACGUGA